AUGGGAAAGACAAGUAAAGAUAAACGAGAUUUAUACUACCGAAGAGCCAAAGAAGAAGGAUGGAGGGCUCGUUCAGCAUUCAAACUUCUUCAAUUAAAUGAAGAAUUCAAUUUAUUCGAAGAUAUAAAACGAGUAGUCGACUUAUGUGCCGCCCCUGGGUCUUGGUCCCAGGUGCUUGCCCGUGAACUUAAAGAUCGAGAUGCAACCAUCGUAGCGGUAGACUUACAACCAAUGACUCCUAUUGAUGGAGUUACUACUAUUCAAGCUGAUAUAACUCAUCCUAAAACAUUACAAAAGAUUCUUGAUAUAUUUGGAGGUGAACCAGCCGAUUUUGUAUGUAGUGAUGGUGCACCUGAUGUUACUGGAUUACAUGAUCUAGAUGAAUAUAUUCAAGCACAAUUGAUUCUAUCGGCAUUACAAUUAACUACAUGUUUAUUAAAACCAGGCGGAGCAUUUGUAGCAAAGAUCUUUAGAGGGAGAGAUAUUGAUUUAUUAUAUAGUCAAUUGAGUUAUUUAUUUGAAAAAGUUAUAUGUGCUAAGCCAAGAUCUUCAAGAGGGACAUCUUUGGAAGCAUUUAUAGUAUGUUUAGGAUAUACACCUCGUCCAGGUUGGAAUCCAAAAUUAGAUGCAACCACAUCAACUGAAGAAUUUUUUGAAGAUGCAAAUAUAGGGAAAGUUGGAAAUUUGGAACAUUUUGAUUUACCUGAUCCUGAAGAAAGAAAGAUUGCCAAGUUUGUGGCAUGUGGUGAUAUAAAUGAUGUUGAUUCUGAUGCUACAUAUACACUUGAAGUGAAUAGAAUAGCUUUGGAACCUGUACAAAUGCCAACGGCACCACCAUAUAAGAAAGCAUUAGAAAUGAAGAGAAGAGGAGACUUAGUAAGAAGAUAA